AUGCGUUCUUUUUCAGGCUGCCAAACUUGCAGAAGCAGAAAGCUCAAAUGUGAUGAAGCAAAACCAGUUUGUGGAGCAUGCAGUAGAAGUUCAAGAACUUGCAGUUAUUCCAGGAGAUCGGUGUUUCGGCCUUUCCAAAGUUAUGCUAGAAAGAGGAGUCGAAGCGAGGUUGUUGGAGAUUUUGAUGCGAUGCAUAACAGUGACGUUUUUGAGGCGGAUCAUGUCUGGGUUGAUGUUCCGGACGAACUUCACUUCGUCCAUGUUGAAGAUCCUUACGCGGAGCAGGAUAGCAUAAGGAUUGACUAUCCUGAUGAAACAAGGGAGACAUCUUAUACUGCCGAAGCAGAGCAGGUUUCUGAGUCUCCUGGGCCAGAAUUAGACCUGUGGGCCGACGAUUCUCUUGUAGUUGAAGGGCAAGCAUAUGCUCCGGACGCCGAGUCAGAAGCUCCAACUCCUAGCGAACAUCCAGAUCGCUCAAGACUGGCAACACUUCAUCUUCUAAAGCAUUAUAAAGAAGGGCCAGGCAUCUGGUUCGACAUCUUUGACACUGGCUGUUACUUCUCGGGCAAAGUCCCUGUCAAAGCUGCAACUAGUCCCUUGCUCAAAUCAUCCAUGUGUGCGAUCGCAGCUAAGCACUUAUAUCGUGUGAACAAGAGUCGCCUUGAUUUAAUGAUCGAUUCUAGAUGGCAAGGAUACGACUGGCGCUAUGAAUCUGCAAAGCACUACGAUGAAGCUAUUCACCAUUUGAAAAGUGCGGUUGACCUUUGUACGUACGAGAAUAACUUGAGCGAUAAAGAGGAUAUGCUUGCUGCAGUUGCUAUCCUUUGUAUCUACGAACUAAUGGAUGCACCUGGGACAGCUUGGAGAGCCCAUCUCAGCGCUUUGCCUCUGUUUAACCCAGCGGAGGAUGCUUCACAUCCUGCUUCACCGGUGGUGAUACCGCGCACGGCUAUUCAGGGUCCUAUUCUUUGGAGUUUAGCACGUCAAGAUCUUCUCUGCGCUUUCAUUAGCGAAACGCAGACUCGUCUUGAUCUCAAAGACGUGCGUCUUUGGCAGAAUGCAGGUCUUGCAACCACAGCAGAUGGAACCCUCAUGCCCUUCAGUCCGCCAUGCUCAGCGGAUAUUCGCACCGUAGCUGAUAUCGAGGAAGAUACCAAGAGUAAUGAGCUAACUUGGCUCAUUGGCAAGCUCUCAAAUCACCUCACCUCGGGCGACGCAAUAAAUCCUUCUGACUACGCACUCCCUCUCGGUCAACGUCCAACCAUUGGCGUCACGCAAGAACGCCUCCUGGAACGCUGGAAGAUGCUACUCAAAGAAUUCAAGAAAUGGCACGAUAGUCUCCCAUCAACAUUCAAACCUUAUGCCCGAACACCAUAUCACUCUUCAGAUUCCUGCUUCAGUAGUUUCACCCAGAUAUGGUACGAACUCCCGAUCUGCGCCGCAACAAUGCAAAACUACCAUAUGGCCAUGAUCCUCCUCCUCGUAAACCAGCCACAAGAAUCGACAUUCAUUCGUUCUACUGUCUCGGCACGAUUAAAGUCUUAUAGACAGAUCCAACAAGAGGUACAUCAUUACGCAAGAGAGAUUUGCGGUGUAAGCCUAGCGGAGCCCUCGGAUCCUGUGAGGGCGAAUUCAGUGCAGGCAUUGUUCGUGGCGGGGCAGGUGUUUUAUGAGAAAGGCGAGCAGGAUGCGGUUCUAAAGCUUCUGGAUGAUAUUGAGAAGGAUUUGGGAUGGACUACCAGGUUUCAUCGGGCAAAGCUUAUAGAUGAGUGGCCUAAGGAUAGCUAA